AAUUUCAUAUACAAAUUUAAAUUACAUCUUGUAAUUGCCACACUAUCUCCAAGUUCAAUCACAUGUCACAACUAAAAUAUCUUUGUUUAUUUUUGUUUUGUGUUCAUGUGGUAGUAGUUUUUGCUACAUUCUUAGAAUCAGAUUGGACAAACCAUGGUGGGGAUUUAUUCAAUAGAAGGUAUGCAUACAAGGAGUAUAAAAUUAGCCCUAUAACAGCACCAUACCUAAAGUUGAAGUGGAAAUUUUUUACAGGCAAAGAUAUUACUGCAACACCAACAAUAUAUAAUGGUAUAAUUUAUUUUCCAUGUUGGAAUGGUAACAUUUAUGCAAUAAAAGAAAAUGAUGGAUCACUUGUUUGGAAACAAAAUGUGGGGGAAUUAACUGGUCUAACUGGUCUAAUAAUGUAAAGGGGAUAGUGGCAAGAGCAAGUCCAACUAUUGCAAAAGAUUUAUUGAUAAUUGGAACUUAUGGGCCUUGUGUUGUUAUGGGACUUAAAAUAACAACUGGUGAGCUUGUUUGGAUGACCCGUUUGGAUAAUCAUCCUAGAGCACUAAUUACCAUGUCUGGAACUUAUUAUAAUGGGUUAGUACAAUUAAUACACUUUAUUCUUUUUCUUAGUCUAGCUAUAUUAUAAUAUUGUUUUUAAGUUCCCGUGAACUUAGUACAGUUGGUUGGGACAUCAGCAUUUUAUAUGCAGGAGUCGGGAUUCGAACCACGGACACUUUACUUAUCCAUCUUUAAAGGUGAAAUUUCAAGCCACUAAGCUAUCUUACAAAAAAUAAAAACUAUUGUUUUAAAAAUCGGAUUGAAUCCGUCGGUUCAACUAGUUUAAUUAGAAAUCGGCCAAUUUGUUGAUUUGUUUGAUCAUGAUUGUAUUGUUGGUAAGUGGUUAUGCUAAUUUUCUGAAUCGAACCCAAGACUUCAUAUUUAAUACAAGCAUAUUAAAAAUCGACUUGGAUUGAUUAGUCUGACCGAGAACCGGUGGGUAACUGGUUGGAGUCGCUUAUCAAAUCGGUUAGGCUUUCAAACCAUAAAGAACCGACAAAACCCGGUAAAAAUCUUUGAAUUAACGGUUUAUCCAAACCGUCCAGAUGAAUGUUUGGUUUUAUUUAAAUCAUGACAAAGUACAAUUUUGUUUAUUAAAAAUAAAAUAAAAAGAUAAACUCAAAACAUGUCAUAUUUUCUUAUCAUAUAUGUUGGAGAAGAUCGAGUCUCCUUAAGAGGAUGGAUUCCCUCCCGUGUAAUCUCCUCCCGUGAAGUUUUAGUGACAUCCUGACCUGUAAAUUUUAUUUUUAUUAUUUUUAACUUUUUUAUGGUUUAGAUUCUACUGGAUUCCCCCUUUCACUAGAGAGGAUCCAGUCUCCUUAAUCAAUAUAGCAUAUAAGAUACCGCGGUCCAUUUUGAUGCAGUCUAUGAAGAUUCAUUAAGUUUUUAUAAUCUAUUAAACAAGCUCCUUAAAUAUACAAUUUUCUACAAAAUACUGAUACCUAAUUAAGUUUCAUAACUUUGCUUCCACUGGCCCGAUCAUAAUAGAUUUUGUUACCCCCAUGGUCCUUCCCCUUUUAGUCGGUCGUGGGCGAGGAGGGAUUCGAACCCCCGACACUGUGGUUCGUAGCCACGGCUCCACCCUAUCUCGACUAGACCUAUUCCCCGGAGUACCUUACAUGAAACCUUUCUUCUUCCUAGCAAUUUUUGUUUAAGAAGAUGUGAAAGCGCCUCCUCUCUCUAUAAGAAAAAGAUUUGUGCUUAAUAAUUGGGGUUUUGAAUAGCUGCUUUAUUGUUUUUAUAUUUGAUAUAAAAUGACACUCCAUUUCGAACGUAUAUAAUUUUACUAGCUCAAUUUCAUAGUAGCUCUACAUGAAUAUGGACAUUAAUUAGUUCUUCCUUGAUUUUUUUUAAUGGCAAAUAUAUUAUAAAAACGAAAAAAAUACAAGUGAAAAAUUAGAAAAAUAAAGAGGUGCUAAAAGUAGACUCUCCACCAAAAAGUUCUUCCUCAACUUAACUAGCUUAUGAACUAAUUUGUAUACUCCAAUUUUAAUCAUGCAUCAAUGUUAUUCAGCAAACACGUUCAACGCCGUGGCUAAUUCAAAAAAACGGCAAAUUGGCCACUCGUCUAGGAAUAUAAUGUAACUUUAUCACAAUACGUAGAGCGGGUCAGUAAAUUCCGUAUCAUUCCGACAUGACUAUCUGCUUUUUUUUUUUAACCCUUUUACCUCUAAUUUAAUUAUGCUAAACUUUCUAUGUAUAGGAAUUACUAUAUUGGUACAUCUUCACUAGAAGAAGGUGUAACCAUUGAAGAAUGUUGCAUAUUUCGUGGAAGCUUUGUAAAACUUGAUGCUCAAACAGGUGCCAUCUUAUGGAAAACCUAUAUGUUACCAGAUAACAAAGGAAUGAAAGGAGAAUAUGCAGGAGCUGCCAUUUGGGGAAGUAGUCCAUCCAUUGAUAUUUAUAGAAAACAUAUAUACAUUGCCACUGGAAAUCUCUAUUCUGCCCCUCCAAACAUACUUGAAUGUCAAGAAAGACAAAAUAAUCAAACUACUCCUAUAGAUCAAGAUGCAUGUAUUGAACCAGAAAACCACUCUAAUUCAAUCUUGGCACUUGAUUUGGAUAAUGGUAAUAUCAAAUGGUAUAACCAAUUAGGAGGAUAUGAUGUAUGGUUUCUUGCAUGUAGGGAUGCUUCAACUCCUAAUUGUCCACCUUUAGGUCCUAUACAAGAUGCUGAUUUUGGAGAGGAACCAAUGAUGUUAAGUAUAUUUUUUAAUGGAAAAAAGAAAGAUAUUGUUGUUGCUGUUCAGAAAAGUGGAUUUGCAUGGGCAUUGGAUCGUGACAAUGGAACCCUUGUAUGGUCUACGGUAGCAGGGCCAAGUGGAACAGCAGGAGGUGGAAUAUUUGGUGCAUCAACUGAUGAAAAAAGAAUUUAUACCAACAUUGCAAAUUCAGAUCGUAGAAACUUCGAACUUUUACCAUCAGAUAUGAAUACAACAACUGGAGGAUGGGUGUCAAUGGAUGCUAGCAAUGGAAAGAUUCUAUGGUCUACAGCUAACCCUGGUAAUAGUUCUGCUAUUGGCCCUGUUAGUGUGGCAAAUGAUGUUGUUUUUGUUGGAUCUACAGAUAGUUUGGGAUAUGUAUAUGCAAUUUAUGCAAGAAAUGGAAAAAUUUUAUGGUCCUAUGAAACUGGAGCUACUGUUUAUGGUGGUAUGUCAAUUAACAAUGGUUGUAUUUAUGUAGGUCAUGGAUAUAAUGUCUCUUUAGGAUUCUUCUCUAAGUUUACUAGUGGAAACUCUUUGUUUGCCUUUUGUGUACUCUAAAGAACUCUUGUGGUCACUAUAUGAAUGAAUGAAUGUAUUUAUAAAUAAAGAUGAAGAAUUUGAUACACAUUUUAUUUGGAUAUAUAUCGGUAUACUGUUGAGGUGAACAAUUCUGAUAGGUUUUCAAAUAGUCUUUAAUAAUAUUUCUAACAGAAUUAUUCACCUCAGCGGUAUACCAAUACAUAUCCAAAUAAAAUGUGUAUAUAUAAAUUGGAGCAAUGGCAAUGUCUAGAGGUAAAAGAAUGCUUAAUUGUUGUAUGUUUUUUGUACUUGUAUUGUAUCUUGGUUAAAUUUAAGACACCGUCAUUCCUCUA